UCUCUCUCUGCCUGCCUCUCUGCCUACUUGUGAUCUCUGUCUAUUCUCACUUCCCGAUUGUCCCCAGAAACGUCCUUCUCUAGCACUUUGGGUUGACACUUGGAGCUCUUCCUGGCCACUUUUCUUUCUUCGUGACAGCGGCUUUCCGAGGAGGCCAGCUGCUGGACGACUGCAGUCGGCUGGCCUUGCAGUGUGGAUGCGCGGGGACGUGUCCCUCGCUUUGGUGGCCCCGAGUUCCUGCGACGUGGCAGUGAGCUCUAGGCGCGCCUCAGCCGCAGGUGCUCGCUUCCGCACAAGGCACAGGAGUACACACGAACUGCGACCUGCGUCACACCGGGGAACCCUGGCUGAGGCUGGGUCUGCUCUCCGGCUCCGACGACACCUGCCAGCCUCUUGUUGGGACGGUUUCCCUCCCUCUGCGCGGGACACGUGGCUCGGGCGUGAGGCAGUAAUUCUGGCAGCGAGCACUCACGGAGCCGUGUGCCAGACCCAGUGCAGGGCACUGGGGGGAACAGAGAAGGAGCUCAGCCUCCUUCCGGGGUUGGAACAGGAGGACCCUGUCCGCGCGGCCGGCUCGGGGCAUGCGGCUCCCGGGAUCGCAGACCCGGAUGGCGGAUCUGGAAGGUUCUCUCCGCUUCCUGGGGGCAGCUGGAGCUUCCGGCAUCCCUGGGCACUCCCCGUACCCGGACUGUCGCAGAGACCGCGCCUGCCCCGCGCGUGGGUGGAGGCUCCCGUCGGGGACCCGCGCGCGCACCAGUCUCCCGGCCGGUCCGCGCGCGCACGGAGCGCAGGAACCAGGCUCCCUGGGCCGCGGCCCCAUUUCCGUCUCCCAGUACGGGCUCGGGGCCCGGGCUCCCGGGAGCCGCCUUCCCCGUUGGCAGCAGGCCUGGUGUCCACUGUGCUUUGCCAGGGCAGCCGCUCGGGCGUCCUCACCCCGGACCCCCGGCCCCCUCCGCCCGUCCUCCUCACUCCUGCCGUGGCGCGGGGCCCCCGGAACACAGCAGGCGCCCGGGAAGGCUCACCCCAGUGUUUCCGCGGCGCUCGGGAGGCCUCCGCAACGACUCCAGGGGGGCGCACGCGGAGCGCGCCCAGGCUGUGCGCCGCAGGGGCCGGAGGGCGGCGGAAGGGCAGGCAUACCUCAGCCCAGCGGUGGACGCGAGGAGGGGGGGCCUGCGGGGCUGCGACCGGGUCCACGCGGUUCGCACACCCGCCUGGGCCUGCGAGUUCCGUCCGCGCCGCUGUCUCCUAGGAGCCGCGCGUGCGCGGGGGGCGUGUGGCGGCUGCACGGGGGUCUGGGGUGCCGGGAAGUAGGUGACCCUCCUGAGCGACCCGUUCACGGGGGAAAGUCGGGUACUUGCGGGAAGGGAGAACCAAAGGCGACGGAAAGUGGCCCUGAAACCGCGUUCUCCUCUUCCGCACGCAGCAGGCGCCCCGCGGGGCUC